AAAGCUUUAGAUUUCAAGCUCACAGUUGUCCAAGAAAGCUUUCAUGGAUCCAGUUGUGGUUCUGGUGCUUUGUCUCUCCUGUUGCCUUCUCCUUUCACUCUGGAAACAGAGCUCGAGGAAGGGGAAGCUCCCACCUGGCCCCACACCUCUCCCUUUUAUUGGAAAUAUCCUACAGUUAGAUAAGGACAUCAACAAAUCCUUAAGCAAUCUCUCAAAAGCCUAUGGCCCCGUAUUCACUCUGUAUUUUGGCAUGAAACCCACUGUUGUACUGCAUGGGUAUGACGCAGUGAAGGAAACCCUGAUUGAUCUGGGAGAAAAGUUUUCUGCAAGAGGACAUUUCCCAAUAGCCGAAAAAGUUAGUGAAGGACACGGAAUCCUUUUCACCAGUGGAAACAGAUGGAAGGAGAUGCGACGCUUUGCCCUCACGACCCUGCGAAAUUUGGGGAUGGGGAAGAGUGACCUUGAGAGCCGAGUUCAAGAGGAAGCCUGCUACCUUGUAGAAGAGUUGAGAAAAACCAAUGCCUUACCAUGUGAUCCCACUUUUGUCUUGGGCUGUGCUUCCUGCAAUGUGAUCUGCUCCAUUAUUUUCCAGAAUCGUUUUGACUAUACAGAUCAGACUUUACUUGGUUUCUUGGAAAAACUUAAUGAAAACUUAAGGAUUUUGAGCUCCCCAUGGAUCCAGGCCUACAAUAGUUUCCCUGCUCUCCUUCAUUAUCUCCCAGGAAGCCAUAACACAAUAUUUAAAAAUUGUGCUUUCAUAAAAAGUUACAUUUUGGAGAAAAUAAAAGAACACCAAGAAUCCUUCAAUGUUAACAAUCCUCGUGAUUUCAUUGAUUAUUUCCUGAUAAAAAUGGAACAGGAAAAGCACAACCAGCCAUUGGAAUUUACUUUCGAAAACUUGAGAGCUAUUGCCACUGAUUUGUUUGGAGCUGGGACAGAGACCACAAGCACAACCCUACGAUAUGGUCUCCUGCUCCUGCUGAAACAUCCAGAAGUCACAGUGAAAGUCCAGGAAGAGAUUGACCGUGUAAUUGGCAGACACCAGAGCCCUCGCAUGCAGGACAGGAGUCGCAUGCCCUACACGAAUGCGGUACUGCAUGAGAUCCAGAGAUACAUUGACCUUCUCCCAAAAAGCCUGCCUCAUGCAGUGACCUGUGACGUUAAAUUUAGAAACUAUGUCAUCCCCAAGGGCACAACUAUAUUAAUAUCACUGUCUUCUGUGCUAUCUGAUGAGAAAGAAUUCCCCAGACCAGAGAUAUUUGACCCUGCCCACUUCCUGGAUGAUAGCGGCAACUUCAAGAAGAGUGACUACUUCAUGGCUUUCUCAGCAGGAAAACGAAUUUGUGUGGGAGAAGGACUGGCCCGCAUGGAGCUGUUUUUAUUCCUGACCACCAUUUUACAAAAAUUUACCCUGAAACCUCUGGUCGAUCCAAAGGACAUUGAUACCACCCCACUUGCCAGUGGGUUUGGCCAUGUCCCACCCACCUACCAGCUCUGCUUCAUUCCCGUGUGAGGAAAGGCAGACCACCUGCCUGCUGCUGUGCUAUUGUCUGUAGAUCCUCUUCCUCUGGGGUAUCAUUCAUCUCCCUCUCACUACUGGGGAUGCUUUCCCAGACCUUAUCUCAUAUUUCCCCAUUCCUUCCAUUCCCAGUGAACAUCCAACCUCCAUUAAAGGAAAGUCUCCAGAAUUUCUUUGCACAAAUGCUGUGCUGUUUUUUAUACUCUGUUACACGUGUAUUUGCCACCACAUAUGCUAAUACUUAUCUAAUAUUGAGCUGUUAUUAUGUUAUCCCUGUGAAAUGAAACAAAAUGAUUAGUAUAAGCAAACACAGAGCCAUUUGUCCUCUGCAUGUUCUAAAUGGAAACCAUUAUCAUUUGCUGUGCCAGUUCUUAGACUUUCCUUCUUUUGUGCACAAUACUGGUAAGAAAUGGAAGAAAAUAGAGUCCAAAGAGGCCACUCUGUCCUCAUGAUGAUAAGCACAGAGAGGGGCAAAGGGGGAAAGGGCAGGAAAGCUCUUUUGGCUUUGUGUCAUCUACAGUUCCUUAAGCUUGGAUUUGAAAGUGAGAAAAGUUGUGUCCAGGAGCCAGGUAAUAGUGAGAAGAUCAGUGAUAGGGAGGAAAAAAUAAUCAGUGUAGAAUUCAUUUCUCUGCUUUGGGCCAGUGUGACCACCAAAGAUUUGACAUUUUCUUAGUUUGUGUUUCGAACUUAGAGUUAAGUAUUAACAUAUGCUUUCAUAUUGCUAAUCAAAUCUUCUAAGUGUCAUUCUUUGCUCCCUGACCUAGAACAGAAUCCCUGGGGCGGUGGGUGGGGGACAUCACUUCCACCACAUUGUUUUAUAUCUAACACAUGUGUGAUGCUAUGAUCCUAAAGUCUUUAUUUUUUAUUUUAUUUUAUUUAUUUAUUCAUGAGAG